AAAAAUGUAUAUAAGGACUAAAAAAUAUUUGGGAGAGUAGGCCAGCAGGAGUUUGUCAAACAAGGAGACUGCACAGACACCUGAAUAACCAUGUUUGCCGGUAGAAGAAAGCAUCUCGAGCUCGUCAUCUUGAUGAUGUUCAUCAUCAAUGAGAUGAAAAACUUCACAGAAGCAGCCGGUCCCCUUCCCAUGCCCAAUGGUAUACGCUUCUUGGGGAUCGGGUACAACAUCUUAACGGGGAAUCCAGAAGGAGGAGAUUUGAGCAGCGGCGGAGUGGACCCCGGCCUGCUGGUCACCCGGAAAUUUUUUCAGAUGACAAAUAAAAAAAAUAAAUUAUCUCAUAAUAAUAAGUACCGCAUCCCAGACCAGGUUGUCUUUGAACCGAGGGAUAGCGCCAAGACUGACCACUCGAAAAAGACCUUCUAUGGCGCGGCUAGUUAUGCAUCCAAGCUUUCCGCAAACGUUGAGGUUACUGGCACAUAUAGCGGUGUUUUAGCUAAGGUUCAAUUUGCUGCCAGUACACGGUAUGGAAAAAUAAAGAAAGAUACACGCAGCCGUGGAUUUGUUUACUUCUCUAAGGAGACUAUUUCCAACUUUGGUCAGGCGCGUCUCCAGCUAGACAGCGCAGAUGAUGAUGACUUUGGUCUCGAUAAUGGAUUUGUAUCAGCCGCAUGUGAACUGCCAAAUGCUUAUGAUGAGUCUAAAUACAUGCCCUUUAUCGAUCAAUGGGGAACGCAUGUAGUAACUGAGGUCAACCUUGGGAUCAGGGAGGGGGAGAUCUACAAAGAAGAACGUUCGGCCUUCGUGAAUUACGCUUCAACAAAUAUUGGAGGCAGUGUUCAAGCUUCGGGAGAGUAUAACGGAUUCAGUGCUUCUCUUUCGGUCAAUAUGGAUUCUUUCAAUAGCGGUAUGAAAAACGAAACCAAGUUUGGCAGCUCAUAUUCAAAAUACAAGGUUGGGAGCAAGGAAUUGAACGAGCCCAUCAGUAUUAAAUUAAUUGGCAUCCAUGAUAUCUUUGAUAAAAAGUACUGGAAGAGGAUGCCGAACUACAUUAGGGAAGGUCGAUGUAACAGUGGGUUUCAGAUUGCCUCCGUAAGUACCAAUAUGGUAAAAGCUCUCAAGGGUUAUGCGGCAUAUAGGAAGAUACAAGCACCUGAAGAUUCUCCCAUCAAAAUACCACUGACUUGGCCGGAGGGAACUUACGCCCUUCAGAAGCCCAGAACAGGAUGCCCUAACAAGGAGUUUAAAUGGAACGAAGGAUUCCGCUUCCACGACACGGAGAACUCCGAUAGUAAAAAUUCAUGGAGUGACCCACUGAGUAUUGCUGGCCACUGGGGGAAAAGUAGUAUUCGUCAGGAAUUCUGCGUUAAAACCGUAACCACUGUCAACCCCAGAGCUCAGUGGACCUGGCAACCAGGGAGUUAUUGCAUCUACAAGUACGGAGACUGUCCAAAAGGUUUUGAAAGUGGUUGGAUAUAUUGGGAUGACGAAGACAGCGAUAAUGGAAAUACUUACGGUGGUGUUAUGCCGUCUGGGGAGUACGGAGCCAAUACCAAACUCUUUUUCUGCUGCCGAAACGAUGGUGUAACAACUAAUAAAAUUAAUCUUCCAUUAGACAACAAGUUCUAUCUCUUCCCUCGCUUUGACCAUUGUCAGGAGGUUAAUGGAACGACUGUUUCUAAGGAAAGAUUUACCUGGGAUACUGCCGAUUCCACCUACUGGGGCGGAAAGAACACAGAUUCUCAAAGUGCAAUCCACCCGUACUAUGGCAAGAAAACCACUGGUGGAAGCUACAUUACUCUUUAUUUCUGCUAUUACCAACCGGAUAAUAGCUCGACUUAAGUGUUAGUCAAUUUCAAUUUUCAAUUUCAGUUUUUCAAUUUCAAUUUUAUUUAUUUACUUCCAUCAAACAAAAACAAAUGGUCAAAGGUUCACAUUGAAGAUUUUUUUCUCCCCACAACGGAGAACGAAUUUUAGAACACAAUAAGUGUAUUGAAAAUGCCUAUCAAAAUGACAAUGAACAGCUCGGAGGUCUUUGUUGAAAACUGGUGAACCGGAGCAGCAGUUCGUCGUAAGCUUCGGAACUGAUGAAAAAUUCCAAAUAAUGUCGUUUGUCCCGGGUCCUGGACGAAAUAAUUGUUAUGGUUCACCAAUUUUGACGAAGACUUCUUGGUUGCUCUUUAUCAUAAAGGGCAUUUAUCAAUACACUUUCUAUGUUCUUGAAAGCGUUUGACGUCAUGUUGUGAAAAGUUCCAUUCUACCAUUACAAUUAUGAACAUGUGAAAGUCUGGCGACUAUUAUCCAAUAUUUCGUUUAUUGAUUCUUUACAUCAAUUUUAAUCGUUUUUAUCCCCUCUCUUGCUACUUUUAAACAGUAACCUGUUUAUUACAUACAUUUUGAUUUUUUUCAGAAAGCUAUAUGCGAAGAUUAUCAUUUUUGUUUGUACCAUUCAACGAUUGAAAAUCAGUAUCUUAUGUCGAAAAGAAAAAAAAUACUGUUUAAGUCGUGAACGCGACAUUUUCUUUUGAAGUUGGACAAUGUGAUUGAUUAUUUUAACACAUAACCAUGAUAACAAUCUUAUAUUUUAAGACUGUAUUUUCCCCCGAUGUAUUCAAAGUAAAAAUAGUUUUAUAGAUAUACCCAAAUUUGUUACAGUAUUGCUCUUGGUAGAAUGAUCAGUAAACAUUGUAAAAAAUAGCAAAAAUAAAAGUCGCAACACUGAAGAUCUCAUGGAGCCACGUAUGGCCUUCAUGCAUCGACAUUGUCAAAAAACAAGACACAAAUUUAGUAAAAUAUUUAUGAGAUAUUCUCUAAAUCAAUUUAAAUCUUAUAUUUUUCCUUCUUUGGUGGGAUGCGUUUGAUAUUAAAUGGUGGUUUGCUAAUUUCAAUAACCAAUAGUAUUUAUAUUUUAAUCAUUAAGUCACCUUUAAUUUAUUUUUAUUGAUUCUCCUUUUCUU